CACGUGUUAUCAUUAUCGGGUCGGAUCAUUACCAAAGUGUAGUACUAUAUGGGUCGGCGGUUCCGGGUUUGCUCUCCGGCAACGAAUGACUGCGACGCUUCACACUAAUGGAGAGACAAUCCUCAGCGUCUUCGUCAUCUUCAUCCUCAUCCUCAUUGCCUAACGAAGAAGAAGAAGAAGAUCUCCAGAACCUACUCGACGAAUCAGAUUCCCAAAUCAACACGGCCGAGCAACUUACCUUCGACGUAGAGAGUCUCCGAUCACGCUUAAGACGAAGCAGCUUCAAGCUCAACCUCACAAAACGACAGUGCAUUGUCAUCUUCCUCCCUCUCCUCCUCGUCUUCCUCUACUUAUCCACCGACCUCACCAACUUCUUCUCCUCUGCGAACCUUCCAGAUUCCGUUUUCCGCCCCAAUCAUGAACCGGGUCGGACCCAAGAACCGGAUCUCCGAGCCCUCUACCUCCUCCGGAAGCAAGAAGCCGAUCUCUCCUCUCUCUGGAACCGAACUCUAUCGAUCCCCGACACCAAGUCCGCUCUUUUCCGACAAAUCUCAUUAAACAGACGGAUCCAAAACGCGUUACUGUCGCCGCACAAAACCGAAAGUCUCAGUCUUUACGGUGGGGGAACCUGCCGGAGAGUGAAUCAGAAGUUCAUAAAGAGGAAGACGGUUCAGUGGAAGCCGAGGGAAGAUAAGUUCCUAUUCGCCAUCUGCUUGUCUGGUCAGAUGAGCAACCACUUGAUCUGUCUUGAGAAGCAUAUGUUCUUCGCAGCGUUGCUGAAACGGACCCUCGUGAUCCCUAGCCAUAGAUUCGAUUACCGUUACAGUAGAAUCAUCGAUAUAGAUCGGAUCAACACUUGCUUAGGGAGGAAGGUAGUGGUUUCUUUCGAGGAGUUUUGGAAGAGCAGGAAGAAGAAGCAUCAUCAUGUUCACAUCGAUAGAUUCAUAUGUUACUUCUCGAAACCGGAGCCGUGUUAUGUAGAUAAAGAGCAUAUUGCAAAGCUGAAGGGUUUGGGGAUUACUAUAGGAGGGAAGGUGGGCUCGCCGUGGGGGGAGGAGGAGGAUAUUAAGAAGCCGAGUAACAAGACGGCUGAGGAAGUGGAGGCUAGUUUUAGAUCGGAUGAGGAUGUUAUUGCGAUUGGUGAUGUGUUUUAUGCUAGUGUUGAGAGAGAGUGGGUGAUGCAGCCUGGUGGUCCUUUAGCUCAUAAGUGCAAGACUUUGGUUGAACCGAACCGGUUGAUAUUGCUCACUGCUCAGAGGUUUAUCCAGACUUUUCUUGGCAGGAACUACGUUGCUCUUCAUUUUCGUAGGCAUGGGUUCUUGAAGUUCUGUAAUGCCAAGAAUCCAAGUUGCUUUUACCCCAUUCCUCAAGCUGCUCACUGCAUCGCUCGCCUGGUUGAGAAGGUGGAUGCACCGGUUAUCUACCUCUCUACCGAUGCAGCUGAAAGCGAAACUGGUCUGCUGCAAUCACUGUUGAUCAUAAAUGGAAAGACUGUUCCACUCGUGAAGCGACCACCUCGUGAUUCAGCUGAGAAAUGGGAUGCGUUGUUGUACAGACAUGGUCUCGAGGGUGACUCACAGGUGGAAGCAAUGUUGGACAAGACGAUAUGUGCAAUGUCAAGCGUGUUCAUUGGUGCCUCAGGUUCUACUUUUACAGAGGAUAUCCUCAGGCUCAGGAAAGACUGGGGGACUGGUUCAGAUUGCGAUGAGUAUCUCUGUCAAAACGAGCAGCCUAAUUUUAUAGCCGAUCAUGAAUAGAUUAGGAACACAAUCUCACUUUUUUGUGAGUUCUCUCAUCAUAUACAAACAGGCUAGUUCCGUUGUUUUUUUGUGGUUUGUGCAUAGUUUAUUAGUGUAUCAAUGAAACAAUAAAUCCACCCUUCUCUGUAACCCAUUGCUCGUCUGAUACAGUUCUUUCUGAUAUAAUUUGAGUCUUUUAGUGAUGUGUGAGUUUCCAUCACUUAUCCAAA